UUUUGGAGGUUAGUUAAGAGUCAACACCCCUUCAAUUAGUGUCCCACGUGUUCGCCAUCACCCGAAAAAGUGUGUGUGUGCGCGAGCGCAAAGCGUGCCGCAAGGUGCAGAGCCAUUAGUCAGCUUUCUCUAAAUAUUUAGCAGGAUCUUGCUAACACACACACAGUGUCAAAAAAACAUUUCCAGGUUGAUCUUUUCACGGGUUUAGUAAACCUCCAGUAAAUGAUGGCAAAGGUUUUUAAUGGGAAUAAUGAUAAAAGAUUUGGAGAGUCCGAGUGCGAAAAUCUGUUUCUUCUGGUUUGUGUGUGCAUGAAGAGAGGGAGAGAGUGGGGGAAAGAGAGAGGGAGAGCAAGAGAGAAUGAGGAAGAGUGUGUGUGUGUGUGAGAGAGAGAGAGAGAGAGAGAGAGAGAGACUGACUACCUGGCCGUGCGUAAUUCUGGGAGGACUCCGUUGCGCGUCCUCUCGCCGAGCAACAAGAUACUACACACCAAAAAAGAGAGAGGGAGAGACGGAGAGCGAAAGAGUUUGUGUGUGUAAGAGAGGGAGAGGAAGAGAAAGACGCGGAAGCGAGAGUUUUUUCCCCCCACCGGAGGAGUACAAUUAGCCAACGUAAAAACGUCUCCAGCGUCGAAGGGCGAAUCAUGUAUCUGAACCGAGAAGAGGAGCAUAACAAAGGCCCAGUGGCACUGAGUGUGUUCCUGGUGUCAUUGGCAGUAACAGUGUGUGCUGUUUGGCUGGUGGCUCUGUGUGGCGUCUGUGGUUGGUGUCAACGCAAGCUGGGAAAGAGAAAUAAACCAGGGGUCGAGGCUGUGAGCACUCCAGACUCCGCACGAGGCAGAGGAGAGAAGAAAGCCAUCAAUGAUCUAGACAGAGACUUUUGGAAUAACAAUGACAGCAAUUCAGAGCAGCAGCGGUGGAGCUCCUACCCGCCCAAGGAGUUUGUACUAAACAUUUCUCCCUAUGCCCCUUACGGAGACCCUCGCCUCACGCUCAAUGGCUCAGUCUCUGGGGGGCAGAAGGGGUCUCUUGGUGGUCGUGGGGGGGAUGGCGGGGGCCCCUCACGUAGCGACAGCGUGAAGAGUAUGAUGAUGGGAGCCAAUAAAGCCAGCAGGUGGCAGAUGGCGCACGGACGCACACAGUCCGAGGACCUGAAGAACGGCAAUUUCACAGACCCUGCCCUCUCAUCUCUGGAGCAUAUCCCCUUGGCGGGUGCCACACCCCGCCCCAGGACUUUGCUCAGGCAGCAAAGCCUCCAACAGCCCCUCAUCCAACCUCCAGCCUCAGGCCUUAGUUCCCGUUCAGCCAUCUCACAAAGCUUGGGUCAGCUCCAUUCUCAACCUGGAGGAGGGGGUGGAGGGACAGGGCCGGGUGGAGGGGAAGGAGCAACAUCUACGGCUCAACAUGGAGGAACUGGAACUCGAGGUACUGUAGGGAGUACAGCAGGGGGCGGAGCUUCCCGCUAUAGGUCAGGAGGCACAGGGAGCCGGGUCUUGAGGGGGAACCCGGGCAGCUGGGACUACAUGAUGAGCCAGAUCAAGAACCGUGGCCUGGAUGUCAAGUCUUUCCUGGAAGGGAAGAUGGUGGUUAUGUCUCUGGCGAUCAGAUUGGCUGAGCAGGAUGAUUUUGCCAAUCUACCUGACCUACAGGAGGUAGCGCCCAGUCAAGAAAACCCUGCCGACAAGAGUAGGAAUAUGGGUAAUAAGCCAGCAAACAGUCCUAAGGGUCAGCCACCAGAUGCUGAUGGACACUCGUCCGUCUCUGACCUUGCUAACUCGCUCACUGGAGACAUGGUGAUGUUGUCUCCCGGCUCUGAUGAGGAUCACGAAGGUCCAAUCAGUGAGAAGCUGGGAAGAAUUCAGUUCAGUGUUGGCUACAGCUUCCAGGACUCCACCCUUACAGUCAAAAUCCUGAAAGGUCAAGACCUGCCUGCUAAAGAUUUCUCUGGCACUUCUGACCCAUUUGUGAAAAUCUACCUUCUGCCUGACAAAAAGCACAAACUGGAGACCAAAGUUAAGAGGAAGAACCUUAAUCCUCACUGGAAUGAGACCUUCCUGUUUGAAGGGUUCCCAUAUGAGAAGGUGCGAGAGCGUACGCUUUACAUGCAGGUGCUGGAUUAUGACCGCUUCAGCAGGAAUGACCCUAUUGGAGAGGUGUCUAUCCCACUUAACAAGGUGGAGCUGGGCCAACACCAGACUUUCUGGAAGGACCUGAAGCCAUGCAGUGACGGCAGUGGGAGUCGAGGAGAUCUGCUUGUGUCUCUGUGUUAUAAUCCUACGGCUAAUACCAUCACUGUCAACAUUAUAAAAGCACGCAACCUUAAAGCCAUGGACAUCGGAGGCACAUCAGAUCCCUAUGUGAAGGUGUGGCUGAUGCACAAAGACAAGCGCGUGGAGAAGAAAAAGACGGUUACUAUUAAGCGCUGCUUGAAUCCCAUCUUUAAUGAGUCCUUCCCCUUCGACAUCCCUGCACACGUGCUCCGAGAAACCACCAUCAUCAUCACCGUCAUGGAUAAGGACCGGCUGAGCCGUAACGAUGUCAUCGGCAAGAUCUAUCUGUCAUGGAAGAGCGGUCCAGCAGAAGUGAAGCAUUGGAAAGACAUGCUGAGCAGGCCACGCACCAACGUGGCACAGUGGCACGCCCUCAAAGCCUGAUAACCUGGUCCCACCUGUCCUGACCCUAUAAUCUCUAACCUUUGACCCUUGAGCCCAUACCCCAUCUUUAUGCACAAGACUGACUUGAUGCCUGGCUGCAAAACACGGGUACUUUUAGCCAUCCACUCUCAAACCUUAUAACUAUUAGCCUCUGCCCUUGUGUGGCCCCCGGUCUUUUUUUCCCUUUUCCUUAUCUACCUUUAUGCUUUUUCUCUUAAUUUUAUUAGUUUUUUCACACACACUUAUCUUUUCUUGCAGCCCUGUUUGUUCUCUGCUGUAAUUUUGGUAACAUGUUUGGUUAGGGUCUGCAUAUAAAGCGAUCAUAAUCAUUAAAUUAGAUAAAGUAGCUCCCCCUUUUUAUAACCGUAGGCAAAUAUUAAUUCUUGACAUUCUUCAUUAAUAAAAAAAAAAAGAACAAAAUUAAAGGAAGCCAUUUGAAAACUCUGCUAUAUGCAAACUUUAAUGUGAUGUGUUACCAGUAUUCCCUCUCAGUACACUUUAAGUUCAUUUAUAGUAUAAAAUAUAAAACAUUUUAUUAACAAAUUUCCCUAGAGGUCAAUCACAUCUGUCCGCUUCCCACUUCUCAUUGGUUUUGCUCAUUUUUCUAUUAUGGCCUCUUUAUCAUUUCCGUUCUCUUUCCUGUUCUUUCUUGGCCAGUCUUUACUCUCUCAUUAAAUCCAGGUGAGCGCCA